UCAAAAUCUGCUCAACUGGGUUAAGAUUGUACAAGUUCGUAAUAGCUGCUGCACACUCUUAUGAUCAAAAUUCAAGAUGUCUUCGUUCUUCAAACAACUGUUCCCCUUCAUGAAAGUCAAGAAAAAGAAGGAAUUUUCCUACAUUAUUCGUGGAGUUGACCCUAACACUAUUUGGAGUCUUGUUGGUGAACUAGGUGAUGGAAGUUUUGGGAAGGUUUAUAAGGUAAGAUUAAAAUGCAUAUUCACUAUUAAUUUAAGCCGUUGCUGCACUGUAAAUUCCAACGAAAUCUUGUUUGGUUUGACUUGAUUCAGCUUCGAGUUUGUCUCAUAAGAAACACUUUACAACGCCUUGGGGAGUUACAGGAAUAUUUUUAUGGUAAAUUCUAGAAACAAUGUAUGGAUGCAAGUAUUUCGUGAGAAAAAUGUCUGUAAAUUUCCUCAUUAGUUUGAAGUUGUUCAUGCAAUUGGUGCGGCAAUUCUUAAAAUUAUUUUGAGAUUCGGUUUUUAUAGCCUCACCGGCGACAGAAAUAUGCGACGGCAAAGCCUAACAUUUUGCUUAUUCUGAUCGUGUUUGUGCAAUGUUUACUGAACAAACAAUACAAAUGCUAUGUACUAAUCAGUCGUUUGGAUGUUUCUGUCAACUUUAAUUUGCAUUGUGGGAUGCGGUGUAAGAUAAAUAGUUUUAAAAAAGCUUCAAAUUACCUCUAGUAUAGAUUACUCACACAUUCAUCCAAUUCUCCAUUUGGAAAUACUAUUUCAGUUUGAAAUAUAAAAUGGUAUCCCUCAGGCAUUUUGCACACAGGAACUAACAAGUUCAACAAAAAAAUAAUUACUGUAAAUGGAAAGCUAUUGAAGUAUGACCCUUACAGUCGCCACAUAAAUGUAUUCAUGACAUCAAUGAUAUUGGUGGGCAGCUGUAAAGCGCUUCCUGCAUAGGAUAGCCUAAAAGUAUCAAGAGAAAGUAUCUUGUGGUUUUAUUGCUAUUACUUCAUGAAAGGAAUCAUUUUUUAUCAUAUUAACUGAGAAUCUGGCAACCAUCAUCUGCUUGAUAACCAUCUUUUAUGCCCUCUCCUGAGAUCUGAUUUAUAAUUCUCCUGUUAAGUUGCUAUACAUUUUAUCUUACUUAGUUAAGAGAAUUUGGUAUUUUAUCAAGACAACUCAAGUUCGCCUGUUUUUAUCAUCUGAUUGGUGUAUAGCAUAAUGAUUUUGUUUGGAAAAGUUGUUUGUUUAUCACCUCUUGGGGUCAGAAGAUCAAUUUAGUCUAGAUCUUCUGUUAAAAUCAUACAUACAUUUGUAAGAAUUAUCUGACACUUGUAAGGAUUCAGAUAGAUCCUCUCAACUGAAACUUUUGAUGUUAAAAAAAUCUUGCACAAAGCAGUAUAGUGUGCAUAAGGAAGUGCAAACAAAAAGCAAAAAGAUUUUGAACACAAUGUUAUGCAAAGUGUCAGAUGUAUUAUCUGUUUGAAGUUUUUCAAACUAUUUCAUUUCUCACAUCAAAAUUGCCAAAACUCAUUAAUGACACACUAGAAGAACAGGGCAGCAAUGCAAACAAUGUUCACAAGGAUUACAUGGCAUCAUAUUAGUGCUGGAACAGAAAAUGUUCAAGGACAAAUUCAUGAGAAUAUUUUCAAGCCAUCAUGUUUAUCAGGCCUGCAUGUUUAUGGUCUUCCAAAUAUUUUUUUUAUAUGCAGGAAAAAAUCUUUCUAUACUGAUUAGUAUCAAUAUUGUCUUUUCAGGGUUGUCUUUUUCAACCAUUAAACAUUUUAAAUUUGUCUCUUUUUCUGUAACAACAGCAAAUUUCUCUAUUAUCAUGAAAUGAAGGUUAAAUGAAGAUUUUUAUCGUUUGGGACAUGAUAUUACAUUUUCUUAUGACCCAUAUGGCCUGUGUGUGUGUGUAUUUAAAGACACAAGACAAAAAUCCCUGUUUGAGGGCUUUGGUUCUCUAUCAUGACCUGCCUGGCUGGCCCUCUCAAUCAGUAAAUAAGUACAUAUCUGGUGGGGCAUUUUAAGUCAAAGUAUGUAUUGAGCUUUAAUUAAUGUGAUAUAAAAUACUCAGGUGGAAGUUUCAGUUGUUUGUUUCACUGAAUUUGUUUCACUAAAAUGUUUUACAGGCAGAACGAAAAACAGAUAGUGUUCUAGCAGCUGCCAAGAUCAUUGAUGUUAAAGAUGAAAGUGAACUGGACGACUUUAUGGUUGAAAUAGACAUUCUGAGUGAGUGUAAACACAAGCAUGUCGUGGGAAUGUAUGAAGCUUACUACCAUGAAAAUAAGUUGUGGGUAAGUAGUUAGCAACUUAUGUUGCAGAAUGUAUUAAAUUAUAAAUACCUUAAUUUGCUUACACAGAGCAUGGAAAAAACCAGGAGACAGUUUCCAGAUACCCUUGAAAAUGAAAUCAUUUUGUUAAUUGUAUUAAUCUCUACUUAGUCUAUAAUGUUGAUGCAACUUAUUGUUGUACAAUCAGAUCUUUUAUCAAGUUAUUAACAAAUCAGAUAACAGUGAAGUAGGAGUCCAAUUUGUUAAUCAUGUGUAUGAUUACUGACACAAAUAAUAUAUGAUGCAAAGCCAAAGUUCAAUGUUAUAUUUUUAUUUAUGAAAAUUUUACCGGCUGGGUAUAUUGUUUUGUAAAUAUGUCAUAGUGUUAAUUACUUGUGAAUAAUUGGUAACAGGACUUAAUUGAUUAUCAGAGGCCCAAUAUGAGUACAUAGUCUAAUAGCUAUGCUUGUGAUAUGACAGUUUGUGUUGUGUGGGAUUGCUCUCAUACAGACUGUUGGAACUUACUUUAUUUUUGUUAAUGCUCAAAACAAGUUGCUGAUAACCAACGAGGUUCAAGAAUUGAAUAUAGUUUUGAAUGUGGUAUGGGAAUACAUGCUGAUACCAGGUAUAUAUUAAGUGGUUGUAACAGCAAUUUAGAUAAAGAAUUCAUGAUUGUUUGAUUUGCAGAUGAUGCUGGAAUUUUGUUCUGGAGGAGCUUUAGAUGAUUUAAUAUUAGGUAAAAAUUUUAUUAAGGCUACAUUGUAUAAGCAUCAAUGUGUUACAAGUUCCUUCUGAGGGAUAUUUACACCUCAAGUUUUGUAGCUGGACAGCACCUAUGUCAUCUCUGGUAGGAAAAUGAAAUAGAGGUGGGUGGGGAGGGGGUCACUGGAUUAAUUUUGCUAUAGAUUGUUUCCCAGACAGUACUAUCAAUGGUAUUCUUAUGCAUUAUUUGAUCUAAUACACAAUUGCAAGGUAGUAGGAUGGUGUAUUCUAACUUGAGUCUGUGAUAUUAAUCUCAGCUUCAAUAGUUUUAUCAAAAAGAUAUUUCCUACCAAUGUCAUUCCUUCAGAAACAGCUUGGUUUUAUGUGAACAAUGCAACUGCAAAAUAACUGAAAUUAUUCAAAUUCAGAAUUUUUUGUUGAGGGUUAGUAGAAUCAGUAAUGGAAUGGAUUUAUUUAAAAAAAAAAAAAAAAAUUAUCUUCCUCGCUAAUAGGGUGUAAAUCAUGAUACUAGGACAAAUUUUAUGUUGCCCUGAUUGGAUAAAAAUUUUGGGUAGAAGGAUGACCACAGUAAACUUUAAAUGAACUUAAAGGGAGUUGUUUUAUUAAACAGUAUGUAUUUAAUGUACUCUGGGACUGGUUUCAUAGACCUGGAAAAUGAUUUAUUUUCUGUUUUAGAACUUGAGCGAGGUCUAAAUGAAGAACAGAUCAGAGUGGUGUGCAAGCAAAUGUUUGAGGUAAUAAUAAUUUAUUGUUGUAUACAGUUCAAUGUCCUUUUUACUCAUGAGUAUGCAGAGCAUAGGAAAAAGUAAAGUGGGGAUUGGGCAUGCACAUUUUGUGGCUUUAGCAUGGCCAUAGGAGUCAGGGAGAGUAUGCAUCUUAUAAAUGAUGUUGGACCAAUCUUUAAUUGUGGUGAAUCAAUUAGGGAGUACUUUCAUGGGAUGACAACUCAUUUCAGUUUCUUGGAAUCACAAGAUAUUGGCUGGUAGUAUUAUCACUGUUUAUUCUUUUUGAACACUCUGCACAGGGUAUUGAUAGGUUCACCAUAGUGUCACUUUGAUUAGUGUCUUGAAUGGCAGUUGCCCUUGUGAAAAACAAGUUUGCUUGAGCUUAUUUUUUUAGGAUGAAUGUGUAUUUUUAAGGGCUUCCAAUCUUAAGGGAUGGUACCUGCUUCUAUUAGUCAUCUAAGGGAUGGGUGUUAUUAAUAAUAGUUAUACUUUCUUUGAAGUGCACCCUGCACAACAUCAUUAUAAUACUAAUCCUAAGACUCUAAGGCUGCCAAAACUAUUUCUAUAAUGCAUAUUCUAUGGCCCAUCAUUUUCACAUCAUUUUUGUCUACACUUUCGUGGGUCAUCUGACUGAAUUUUAGAAAGUAGUCAGAAACCUCUGUGCUUGAUCUGUAAACUCUGUUCCAUAGUGAGAAUUUAAUUAGCAUCUCAUACUCUGGUAAAUUUUUUCUUCAUGAAGUAUAUAUUUCUCUACAGUUUCAUUUAAUAGUAUUUGUUUGUGGAAAUAUACUAUGGCAAUUUAAAAAAAGUCAGGAUUCAUUUCAGUGAUGCUGAAAAGUCAUGUUAGCUACUAUUUAUAAUCUGUUUUGAGAAAAUUUUAUCCACUCAUUCAUGUAUUAUCUUCUUAAUUGUAGUGCCUCCACUUUCUUCAUACUCACAAAGUAAUCCAUAGAGAUUUGAAAGCUGGAAAUUUACUGCUUACAAAUGAGGGCAACAUCAAGCUUGGUAGGAUAUGUUUGUGAUAUAAAGGAGGCCUGGAAAAAAUUCCUUUCUAGGGAUGAAUUCAAAUUUGCAAAGGGGCACUCUUACUUGUACUUUACUCUCAAAGUGCCUCUUCCCCCUGCAGGAGUGUAGGCUCUGUUGCAAGGGGUUAGGUCAUUAUUGAGCAACCGACCAGCAUCCUUUCCUUGAAGUAGGUGGAGUGUUGUGUUUUGUUUUGGGCAAGGCAAUUUACUCUCACAAUACCUCUCUCUCCCCCACAGGAGAAUCUGUGGGUUCUGGCGGACUACUUGGGAAAAUAUAUGUGGGAGGGGGGAGAGGGGUAAGGGCAAGUUAUAAGCAAUGGAUUGGUAUUCUUUUUGUGAAGUAUUAGCAUCACUCCUAGUUGCUUAAUGCUACAGAAACCAGGUAAGGUAUGGCUUUUAAGCCAACUUUACCAUUUUAAGUUUCACAAGUGGGCAAAAAUAUUGAUUGUAAAAAUAUGAUUUUUUCCUCAUUUGGGGUUAUUUUAAUAGAAGGUUACAAUUUUUCAUUGUCUUAAAACUAAUGGGUCUCCCAAUGUAUAUUUGGUGUGCAUAAUUAGAAAGUUUCCUAGAGAUAGGAUUUUAAGCCUCCCUGUGAAUGAGUGCAAUUUAUUUUCCAGCUGAUUUUGGUGUUUCUGCCAAGAACAAGAAAACUAUACAGAGAAGAACAACAUUCAUUGGGACACCUUACUGGUGAGUUAGAUUAUGACUCAAAGAUGUCAAAAAUGUGUUGUGAUGUAGCUACUUAAAGAAAUUAUGGAGAAUUUGAGCCAAAAAUAAGAGUCCCUCAGAUUUUAACCAUGUAAUUGCUUCUUGAGGGUCUCUCAGAGUCCAACAGUUGCAAGGGAAAAAACUUUAUAUGUUUAUUUAUUUAGUUAUCAAUAAUAUUUCACUAGGCUGGCCUAGUUCAGCAGCAACCAGUAAUAACAUUUUAGAGUAAUAUGUGCUAAAAGACCCGAGAUAAUUUACAACAAUUAGUACAUGCUAAUUUUUAGGAUGGCUCCUGAAGUUAUUGUAACAGAGACAUGCAAAGAUGACCCCUAUGACUACAAGGUAAUGUUGACUUCAUCUUGUUAGAUAACGGUGGUAUGCACUACUCUGAUCUUUUCAUUAUACCUCAGAUAUGCUGGUGCUAAAACACAAUAAGACAAACUGAUGGUACAGAUUUUUAAGACUGUGUAGUUUGUAAAUGUGGAAAUCUUUCAAGCAAAUGUACUGCUCUGUAGUGUGAGACCAUGUAGUAUUUUUCACAGAGCCAUACAAUGCUACUUUUGAAGGUUAAAGUAUGUCAUUAAAGUUACAUUUACCUCAUGUUCUUUCCUCUUGUAUGUUGUGGUAAUUUUAUUACAGUAAUGCUUGUAAAAGGCCCUUUUUCCUUCUCACCUCCUAAAGGGUUAGGAUCGCAGCAUUCAGAGAAGUUGAAUGAUCUUCACUUUGCCAACUUUAACUUUCUUUGCUUUCAUUUAAGGCUGAUAUUUGGUCUGCUGGUGUUACACUCAUUGAGCUGGCUGAGAUGCAACCUCCCUACCAUGACAUGCACCCUAUGAGAGUGUUGUUCAAAAUACCUAAAGCUGACCCACCUACACUGCAGUUUAGAAAUAGAUGGUAAGUAAGGUCAUUGAAGGGUGGAGUGGGAAAGGGUGAUGGGCCAUUAGGCUCAGUGUCAGUUAGGGGAACAGUGACUUUUAGUGGGAGGCAAGGAGGAUACACUUACUGUGUAUUAUUAUAGACAUGUAUGGUUAGCUUUUCCUCUAAAUAAGUUAUAUUUUACCAAGUUUUCUGUCUGUUCUAGUGUUUGCAAAAGUAUUGUUAUUUUAAUACAACAUUGUUGAUAAGCCAUUGUGGUCUUAAAGUCAGGAUCACGUUCUCUACAUUCACAUACUCUUCUGAUUUUUUUUUUUGCUAGGUCCAAGGAUUUCCAUGACUUUCUGUCUCUUUGUGUGGUAAAAUCCCCUGAAAUGCGAUCAUCAGCAGCAGAUUUACUGGAGGUGAGAAACCAAGAUAAUUUAUGGUCAUAAUAUGUGUUCAAAGGAACAACAUUUUCACAGAAAUUGAUAGAAUCAGGAAAUUUAACUCUUCAUUCCUUGUGGUGUUAAUCCAUUGACACCUGAGAGUGACUAGCAUCUAAUGUCUCCAUAUAAAGCACCCCUGAAUCACACAUUAAGGUCACAAUAAUAAAAACAAAUUCUCCUUGUCAGCACCUUAGGAGAUGUAUAGAGAACAGUUGGAAGAAUUUGCUUAAAGAUACUAGGGUGUAAAGGAUUAAGUAAGCAGCACACAGUGUUAGUAAUCCAGGUGAACAUUCGACUUUCCUGCAGCAUCCUUUUAUUGUCAACUGUGUUGACAAUAAACCACUGAAGGAACUGUACAAUGAAGCCAAGGCUGUUGUGAUUGAAGAAUUUGAAGAUCUUCCUGAAGAUAAAGAGGUGCUGUUUUACUAUUCAUUUGAUUUAGUUUUGUGAAUGCAAUAUUUAUUAGGAGAGGCAUAUGCUCGUGGUAUGCUCAUUCAUUAAGGGUGCAGUUCUAUCUGAUGAUAUGGAUCAUGAUUCAACAUUAAAAUAGGCCAAUUGAAUGGCCCACUGACCCACAGACCCACAGACGGAUGGAAAGUUGUAAAAUUUGUAUGAAUUAUUUUGUAGAUUCUUUGAAAAGAUAUUAACUCAGCUGUGCUAUUUCUUAAGACUGUACCAAAGAAUAAUUGAGAAAUGUUUUCGCUCGUUUUGUUUUGUGUCUCAGUUUGCUUGAUAAUUUUCUGACCAAUUAACUUAUUUAAAUUCACUCUUUGGUCACGAUUUUUCUCCACUUAGAAGAGAGAUAAAGAAGCCCUGAAGUCAGCAGAAUCGACUGAGUCUUUGGACGAGAGUGAAGAAUUGUUUAUCGAAACAGGUUCAAAGGACUUGGAUAAGGAGAAAGACGAGAGAGAGGAGAGUGAGCUGGAAGAAUCUACAGAGAAGGAAAAAGAUUCUGAGAAAGAGGAUGGAACAGAGGAAGGUGAUGAAGAUCUCAAGGAAAAUGCAGAGGUGAAGAAAGAAGAAAGAGACGAAAAUUUAUUAAAGAAAGAGGAGGAAAUUGCAGAUAAAGGGGAAACGAAGGAAGAACAAAAGUCAGAAGAAGAAAGUAAUAAAGAAGAGGGACCCUUGGAAAACCAAGCGGAUGCAGUGGAAGAAAAUAUAGAAGUUUUCGAUGACAAGGAGGUGAAAGAGGAAAAGGAGAAAGAGAACCUUGAAGAAAAGGAGGAGGAAGUUGAGGUGAAGAUAGAGGAAGCUGGAGAGAGGAAGGAUGAAGGAGAGGAAGGCGAAACGGAAAGUCACGGAGCUGAAGAAAAGAGGGAAGAAGGUCAAGCUGAAACGGAGGAAGCGGUUCAGAAAAUCGAAGAAGAUGGAGAAACGAAGGAGGAAGUUUCAGAAAGUAGAGGGGAAACAGAUGAAAAGAAAGAAGAAGUUGAAGAGAAACUCGAGGAAAGAAAAGAAGAACCUGAAGUUGUAACAAAAGAUGCUAAAGAAGAUAAAGCAAAUGAUAUUGAAGCAAAAGAAGAGAUGGAAGAUGAAGAAGAAGUUACAACUGAGGAGUCGAAAGAGGAACCCACAGCGGAGGAGGCUGAUGCCGUGAUAGUUGUUAAAGAUAGUAAUGAACUGACAAAAGUAACACAAAAAGAAGGACAGCAACUGCCAGAUAAGUACUCUACACGCUUAGACAACAUCUUAGACAAGUUAGAGGAAGACGAAGGAGAGUCAGCAGGCGAAGUAGGAGAACCAUCAGUUCCUCAAGACGAAGAAAAACCCGAAGAGGGUGAAAAGCAGAGGGAUGAAGAAACAACGACAGCUCAGGAAGAAGAGAAAUCAGAUGACGCUGAGGAAACAGCCACAAAAGUGGAGGAGAAAGAAACGGAAGAAAAGAACGACGAAGACAAGGACAGUGAACAGACUGAAAACAAAACUGAAUUAGAAGAUGAACAGACUUUAGAUGCAGAUGAAAAGAUUCCCAUACCAAAUGGCGAUGUGUUAGUUCAACCCGUGAAGAACCGAAACAAAGAACCGUCCAAUCAUUCUAAAGAGAAAUCAGAAACUACAGAUGUAAGUUAGUUGCAUGUAAAUUUUUACAAGUCUAUAGGUUUCUUUCAUUGGAACGCUUUUUUUUAAGCUUGUUGUAAAACCUUUGCAGUCGUCCUUGUAAUGUCACGCAAUGCUCUCAGGAGCGUUGCAUGACAUCCGGAAGAAGGUCUGUAGAGGAGUCUCGUUGUGUGUUCUUUUGCUUACUAGGAUUAGAUCCAGGGAUAGAGAUAUCUUACUCAGGCUGUUUCCCCGAGUCGUGCCUUUAAAGUAUGAAUUACCGUAUUUUUUAAUGGCAGGGGGGGUUAGCUUCCGUUGAAUUUUUAAUUAUUACAAUUUAGGGCGUGGAGGAGAAAAGUUUCAAAACAUUAAAAAGGAUUCGUAAGUAUGAAAAAGAUGGCAAGAUAGUGACGGAGACGACAUCACGAGUUGUAGAUGUGAGUCAGGAUGACUACAGGAAUGCACUGAUGAAAGAACAGCAACAAAGGUACUACUGUAAGCCGGCAAAGUGAAAAACAUGAACAUUCUAAAACAAGUGUUACUGAUAGUUAAAGAUUUGCCGCAAAUUUCGCAAGGAGUACUCGUGAUGGAUAUACCCAAGGAAGCUUAAACUUCAAGGAAGCUUAGCAUAUAUUUUUUUGCUAGCCAGUUUGUAAUCUGUUUCUGGGAACUCGUAGCCAAGGUGACAUGGUGGGCUGGUUUGUAGGGAAAUUGACUUUUGGGCGAAUUGAUGUAGAGGGAGUUUACUUUAAGGCGAGCUGAUCGUAGGCGAGACUACUUGAGGGCGAGUUUUCUUGAAGGCGAGAACUACUAAUGUUUCUUUCAUGUCUUUUCCUAGAAAAGUGAAUCUUCGUGAAAUGAAGAUCCUCCAACGCGAGGAACAGAAACAAGGAAUUAUACUUAUGGCCAAAAUUCGCCGUCAGUGGGAAGCUCAGGAACAACGAUUUGAACAGGAGCUGCAGGUGCCAUAUGACUGAUCCUUUAGAUGAUAGAACUGCUACGAUUGGUCAAUCUUAAUUGAUACGUUUUCCACACACGUAAUGUUUUCUUUGUUGAGAGCAAGAGAUUACUUUUUGUGGGGAGCAUUCCAGAUUUACCAGAAUUUCUCGUCUUUGUAGGAAUUGGUAAAGAAAUUUGAGGUAGAUUUGGACACUUCAAGCAGGAAUCAAAAGAAAGACAUAGAAAAACUAGAAAUUGCGCAGAAUGCUGACCUUCGCACUUCCUCACGCAAGAUGAAACAAGACCAGGUAACUUUUGGGAUUCAUUCUUUUAGCUCUUGUGUUUCAAUCACAACCGUUUUAGGUUGAGAAGUUGAAGUCUUCUAUCAAGCUUUUCAGUUGAGACUUGGUAACUCCUGGGAGUAGUCAUUGCUAGAUUUUUCCGCGCCUAUAAGGGAAGGAAAGGAAAGGGAACGUGGCGACUGAUUUCCGUCUUGUGGCACGAUCUCUCCCACUUUUUGCCGUCUUUCACUUUUACGCAUUCAUUUUUUUUUCCUUAUCCGAUGUAUCAAUAUUAUAUUUUUUGCCUAUUGCGAGCUUAACGACCGGCAACUAAAGCCAGCAUUCGACUUCAAUAAGCCGGAACUGCGAUCGUUACCAAUGCUUUAUCAACCGUUUCAACAUGGUGCGAUACUGGUUGAAAAGUUGAUCGAUCAAAUCAACCAGAAACUGUUCUCUUCCUCAAGAGAACACGGAAGCCCCGGACAUCCUGGCAGUUGAUCUAAAGAAAACUCGACCUUAGUCCGAACCCCUUAUGAAGCGUCACACAACUAUGAAAACCUUAAACGUGUAUCGUGACAAUUGGAGAAGCGACGAGCGGUUACACCUAUGUCUCACAUUCACUGUUUUCUUAUUUUCAGGAAAAAGACCUCAAGAAAUUCAGAGAGAAUCUCAAAGAGGAACUCAAAUUUGCCAAGAAAGAGGUUUGAAAACUGAAGUAGUCUUUUACUGAGUCGUGGAAGGGAAAGGAACAUCUUGAAAUAACUGUUAUGAUAAAGAUUUCGAAUGUUGUUUCUCAUUUAUAACUGUUUUAAAAAACACUCAUAAAUGAGAAACAAAAGUGGGUUUUUUGUACUCUAUAUACUGAAGAAAUAGUUACCGUGGUAGCAAACCUGUUUUUUCUGUAGGAAAGACUCUCUUUGGUCAAUUGUGUCGCGCUUUUUUGCAACCUAGGUUUGAAGAAAUGUCUUGGUUAUAUAGAUGGUUAUUCCCUUUAUUUCAUGAUUCUGUUUAAGGUGGAUCAACUGCCAAGGAAUUUAAGGAAGGAGAGUUGGCGAAAGAAGAGAGAUGAAGUAGAAGUCUCACAGCGGCAAGCUGUAAGUACGACACUUACUAAAGAAAUUCAAUGGACUUAAAUACAGUAUCAAUAGAAAAUUUUCCUUUGUAAAAAUUGUCCAGAGUUUCUCUCCCACAGUUGCCAGUUUCAAUAGCUGUCAACUAUCUUUUUCAAAUUAAGGAUAUCAUUCUAAAAUGUUCUUCAAGAAUUUUUAGUUCGCACCUUAAGAUUAUAUUUUCGUUUUGAAAAUGAUAAAGAUUUCAGCCAGCUAUUGACUCUGGCAGCUGUAGGAAAGAAACUGGGUUGUGUUAGAAGAACAAUUUGGCAUUAAGCAGUAAGUAAACUUUAGAAGAAUUCUCAACUUAUUUGAUAUUGAGAUUAAUCCUAUAGUUUCCAUUUGGGUAAGGGGUAGCGAUGCAAGUCCUUACAUAAAGCAGCAUUAUUCCAGGGUUAGGGAGGUAACGCGUGACAGUUGUGAUGGUUGUGUUUUCUCUCUUUCCUCCAAUCGUCGCUAAUUGUAAUCAUUCUGUCUUUAGGAACACGAAUUUCUAGCCAUGCAACAGGCGGAGUUUGAGAGAUUCACGAAAGAGCUGGUUGAAUUACAUCGUGAGAAGAUGUACGCCAUGGAAAUGCAAUUCCUAAAGGCGAAACACACCCUCAAGAGAGGUACAUUUCUUGUCUUUUUUUAAGCGUCAUUAGAGCACAACUCGUUCGUCAGUUUCAAAUGCGAUUAUGAUCCCUUCUUAAAUGUGUUUCUAGUUUUGACUCUUCUUCCGAUUGUUCCAUGACUCGGUAAUAAAUUUGUUCUGUCACUUGUGCUGUAACCUACGCGUUGCUGUUCAUGCUUAACCAAAACUUUGUUGUUGUUGUUGUUGUUGUUGUUUUAUGUAGAAGGAGAAACCUUUAUUUGUUACACAUUUUCUAUUAAUUGUGGAGAACUCUCCAAGUUCUGAAGCAAACAAAUACUCUUAGUUUUUUGAGGGUACGAUCAAUUUCUGUAUUGAGGCCCUGUGAAUUAAGCAUUGGGGAUCAUGUUGAUUUGUUUGCAGAUCACGAGGGAGAUUCGUGGAAGAUUGAGCAGCGACAACUGCAGGACAGACAUCAGUUGGCCAGAACACAACUGAAGGAGACUUUCUUCCUACAGCGAUCACAGAUGCUGAACAGACAUCAGAAGGUCAGAGAAUUUACACAGUUUUGUAAUUCGAGUUUUCCUCUUGUAAAUGGUGUAGAACAAUGCUUCAAAGAAUAUCUUUUGUUUAUAGCGUUCAGUGUAAAAUGCUAUAGGAAUGGUAUUAUAAGGGAGCCCAGUCAUUUUCAUCAACCCGAGCUAUGACCACCAACGAACCAAUCAGAACGAACUAACGUUACCAACUGAUCAAAACAACUUACAACUAACUGACACUACCCAAGUCUUACAGCUGGUAACAUCACAGCGAAAAUGACCAAUCAACUUGACUCUGAUGAUGACUUUCACUUGGGCUGUCGAAAGGUCAGUCCCUCUCACCGACAACAGUUCUUUUUUAGUUACUCACGCCAGGAGUAUUAGACUAUCCGGUCAACUACUGUGCCUGGUUUGAAAACAGUUACUGUAUGUAUGAUCUUUCGGAAUUUAUUGCAGGAAGUGGAGCAACACAAUCGUCUAACCAAACUUAAGGAAGAGGAAAUGAAGAGACGUCAUGAGAUCGAACGGAAACGGCUUCCCAAGAUACAACGGGAAGAAAUCAAGUCUAAGACACAGCAGUACCGCAAGUCUUUGAGGAUAGACAAGAGAUAUUCAAUGGAUAUUGAGCGAGAAUUAAUGAAAGAGGUACCAUGAUCAGUCAUUGUUAAAAGACUGACAUCAUUUCAGUUAUUUACAGAUAAUGUCACGUGAUCUUAUUGAAAUGACGGCUUCUUAUUCACAAUAGGAAACAAAUGAAAAGCGGUGGAAUUAGUUAUUUUUUUUCUCUUCCCUUUUUUCAGUUUGAAUUGCAGGAACGUAAAAAGGCUCGAUCAGAGUAUGAUAAAUUGAUUUUCCGACAAGAAAUGGAGGUAGAGGAGCUGCGCGUCUCCUCUGAAUCUGCUCUCAAAGAGUUGCUACUGUUACAGGUGAGCUGUUUGUCACCUUCUAUGUUAUCUUGCUCACGAAAAGUGAACACGAACUGGUAGGCGGUAUCACUUCUUCGAAAGGAAAGCAAUUAUCCUGGAAAUUCUUCCCUGUGAAGAACAAAUUUAGCAUGUGUAGAUGGGUUUUUAUGGGUAGUUAUCACGGAGGAAGUUUUGAAACAUUGAAUGGAAAUUGUUUUCCAGUAUUGAUUGGUAUUCUUUUCCGAUAUUUUUUUAAGCGCAAAAACUUUUCUUUACGGAUGCAGUUGAAUAAUGGAAGAUUUGUCAAAUAUUUAAGGAUGAAGACUAGCGAUACGAAUACAUCUUGUUUCGACGAUUACAUGGAUUUUUCAAUAGUGUCGUUGCAGAGGAGUUUUUUUUUUCUUGUGUCGCUCAAGUUUAUUUUUAAUUUGAUUUGCAAGGAGCACCUAAUGGUGUAAAUGCGGCUUAAGGACAAAAAUUAACUCUCACAUGGCAUACAAAUUUAGGACGCUUUUCGAUUCAAUGUCUUAAAACCAAUUUGCAAAUCAAUGGUGCUGAGAGCUGUGCAUGUUAUUUUCUCCAAUAGAAAAAGGUAAUAGGAUAAUGUAUGAUGAACUGUUGAUUGCUCAUAACACUGCAGAUGGUCAUUAGGAGUAAUUUUAAUCUGACUGUUUGAAGUAAUUCAGGAUUGCAUACUUCAUAUGACUAGUCGCGCCAAUGUUGACUUGUAGGAUACAAAACCUGCGUCUCCAACGGUUUAUUUAUUUUUAUUUUGGGUUCUCCUUGGUUUGUUAUCCUCGAAUCUUUUUUAUUGAUUAGCCUUGGCAUUACUUUGGUUUUGGUUGCUGUACAUUUAAUCUUAAUGCUUUUCAGUCCUUCUGGGCCAGGGUGGAAACGGUAAACAAGUAAUAGAAACUGAUUUAAGAUUAAAAAGGGAUUUCGUAUGAUUGAUUGGUUUUGCAGAAUGAGAAGCGUCACAUGUUAAUGGAAAGCGAAACUAUGAAGUUAAAAGAACGAGACGAAAAGCAUCAAACCCAGUUAGAAUCCUGGAAAGCUGAACUUGGUCCACGAAAGAAGGUAAGGCGUUCCUAAGUCAUUCUGGCAGUAUACACUUGGCAAAUUAUAGAAAACGGGGUACUCUUUAAGUGUUUAUGGUGAAUUUUUAAGAGACAGGGACGAUUUGGUUUGAAAAAAUAUUUCACUUUGGACGUCAGGUUUCUCUGAGUUUUAAAGAGAAGUACGUAACCUUAUGAAAUUUUGCUGUGUUCAUCUUCGAGUAUUUUCUGAGAAAGCUUUUCCUAGCUCUUAUUAAGGUGGAUUUUGUUCAGUCCUACCAUUGACACAAUAUUUUUUCGUUUUCUUUCACCAGAUUCUCGAAGAGGAAUUCGCGCGCGAGGAACGUGAACAGCAACUUUUUUAUGCCGGAAAUAUAAGCGAUUACCCAAUCUCCCCGGUAACGUCGAAUAAGGAAUCAGAAGAGGAGCCUGGGGAGAUCCAAAUGGAUGGAGAGAAAACGCCAGAGGACAAUCUUUCUAGUAAAUCAUCAUCCGGAUCUACUUAGUUCAAUGUUGUCUUUAUAGUUUCUGUACAGUUAUUGUUCAGUGUAAUAGUGUUUUUAUUGUUUAAAAGGUAGAUACGCACGUUAUAUUUGUGACAUGUGUUAGACAAUUCCCUGCUGAAAAAAAAAUUUACCAGGGAUUAAUAAUUUGCCAGACAGGAAACCGAAAUAGUUCAAUUGAACGUUUGGUUGGGUGAUAGUCAUUCGUUUAUGAAUCUCGGAAGUCGGGAAAUUAGCUUAGAUACGAAAACAGCGAUUUAAAACUGAGCAGUGAUUGACUCUUGUUGAUAUUAAGUUGUCGCCUAGAGGGCUUUUUCCAAAGAGGAUACUGAAUAUUUCGACAGUUUUAUAGCGCGCUCUGGGUUCUUAUAUUAAAAAUUGGAAAUAUUGUCCUUGAUGUUAAGUUUAACCAGUCGGCCAGUCGUGCAGACAUUUGUCACAACAGUUGAAUGGCAAGGGUAGUACUGAGCCAAUCAGAAUUCUUGAGACAUUCCACUUGUCCACACUUGUGCAAAACGUUACAAUUACGAUUCUUGAAGGUUUUACUUUUCGUGGAAUGUGGGUGAGAACUUGAACGAGUUACCAUAAAAACUUAUCUGAAAUUGAAGAACCAGUUUCUAAAAUAUGUGUUUACUCAACAUUUAUAUGAUGCGACAGAUCGUGCCUCUUUGAAUGCAAUUGAUAGAUUUGAGUCAAACGUUCGUGUCUUCUCAAAAAUUAUCGGUUUGACAUGCAUUCUUUUUUUUCCAAGUGGAAAUGACAGGUCAUGUGCCUAGGUACUAUUGCAAACUUUUCGGAGACUGGUCCUCCAAACACUGAAAUGAUUCCUAUAGACUGAAUUGAAAAAUGUAGCCUUUUUAAAUUUAUCAAUAGUUUAAAACGCGAAAGGAAUAUCUCUUUUGAUAAGUUUUACCCUCCGCUACUUUUAUUUCAUGUGUGUUGUGUUAAUAUCAUUCAUUGGAUUUGUCUUUUGCUCAAAUAUAUUCUUUGGUUUUUCUUCCUUUUAAUGUGCUGUAACGUGCAAACCUUCUUUUUAAGGUCAAACAAGUCUGGUCGUAUACAUUUUGAGAACAUUUGUAAGGCUUAUAAAUAUAUUCUCUUGACAGAAUUGGCUUUUAUGAGAUGCUUUUCUUUCGCAGUGAGUCUUAUCUUGGUUUAGUCCAGUAUUUGCUCUUUGAAACGUUAUAAUUCCCGUAGUAAUGUCGCUGAUAGUAUUAGGUUCUUUAUGUUCUUCAUCGAAUCGAUGAUAAGUUCAUUUCUUGAAGGGAAUCAUGUUUGGCUCGAUGGCGGACUUCUUUUCUUGUUAUUCAUAACUUCACGGCCUGUGAAAUUUUGCCAUACAUUUCCUGUUUACUUUGACCUUUUUCAGACGUCAGUCCAAGCACAUCUCCCUCUUCAGUCUUAAGAAUCCUUACUGCGAUACUCGUAAUGGCUUCUAGUAACAUGUGGCCAUCUCCCACGAAAGAGGUGUCGUAAAACGAUCUUCGCUUUCUAUGAAUAUCUUAAUUUCGAAAUGCUGUCUAUUUAUGAGUGCAGUCCCCUUUAAUUAUAGUUUGUCCUACAUAAUUUAGGUUGCAUAAACCAUAGUUAAAAAUUUGUUAAAGUAAUCCCCUCUAGCAGAGCUGUGCUCGCUUAGAUUUUCAAAUGUAACGGGAAAUUAAGAAAACAAGAUAAAUAUUUGAAAUAGUCGAA